AGUUCAUUGUUGUUGCUGUGUUGUUACAAGUGGCAAAAAUAAUGGCGCCAGGAAAUUCUCAGUGGAGCGACGAGGAGGUAAAAGCCCUCCUUGCUAUUUAUUCAAAUGUGUGCAUCCAAAGAGGACAUGAGGGGUCACAACGGAACAUAAGGAUAUUUGCCGAGAUUAGCUCACACCUCGAAAAGGCUGGGAUUUAUCACAGCACAAAACAAUGUAGGGAGAAGGUGAAGAAUCUGAAACAGGACUAUAAGAAAAUCAAAGACCACAACAACCAGAGCGGGGCGAACAGGAAAACGGGCAAAUGGUAUGAGACGCUCGACCUCAUAUUGGGCCACAGACCAGCAUAUUGCCGGCCGUUGAUGCAGAAGGAAAGCAACCCACCCUCCCAGCUGCUUGAAGAUACACCAAUGGCUUUAAUAAGCAAUCCCUUGCCCCCUCUGAGUGACAACCGCCCACCCACAUCAGAUGUCAGCCGAGCCCAUCGUCCUGAGCACCAGGAGUCUGCGUGCAUCAAGGAGGAGGAGGAAGAGUCACCAUCCAUUAAGGAGGAGGAGGAAGAGUCGCCAUCCAUUAAGGAGGAGGAGGAAGAGUCGCCAUCCAUUAAGGAGGAGGAGGAAGAGUCGCCAUCCAUCAAGGAGGAGGAAGAGUUCGUACACAUUGAAGGUUUCAGAAAAUAUCUUGGUGCUGAGCGGCAUGAGCCAGAAUCUCCUGGCGUUAAAGAGGAUGUUAAGCCACCCCAAAUCAAAGAGGAGGAGCCAAACCCCUGUCACCAGAAGCAACUUUCAAUCAAAAAGGAGGAGGAAGAGCUGCCAUGCGUUAAAGAGGAGGAAAGUAUUAUCAGGUCGACUGGUGAGCCCUUGAAGAGUGAAGAUGGUCCGAGUGAGGCCGGCAAAGGGGCGGAGCCUGCAAGUGGCUGCAGGUCAACAGAAGGAUUGCAAGCAGACAUUUUCAUCGCUCCAUCAGACAAAAAUGGCACCACAUCACAAUCACCUUACAAUGAUGAUGGUCAUAAGAAAUCUCACAGUGACGACCAACCCUGCAAAUGUUCUCAGUGCGAGAAAACCUUUGCUAAUAAGAAAACUUGUCAUAUGCAUAUGAGGAGCCACACUGGUGAAAAACCUUUUGUCUGCUCAGUUUGUGAUCGAAGAUUUGCUCAAAAGAAACACUUGGAAAUCCACACAAGAACUCACACUGGCGAAAAACCUUUUUCCUGUUUAGUUUGUGGUCAAGUAUUCAGUUGCAAGAGCUCCUUAAAAAUACACACAAGAAUCCACACUGGCAAACCUUUUUCCUGCUCAAUUUGUGAUCAAAGAUUCUCCACAAAUCAAAACUUACAAAAUCACGAAAGAACCCACACUGGUGAAAAACCGUUUUCCUGCUCAGUUUGUGGUCAAAGAUUCUCUCGAACGCAAGUCUUACAAAGUCACGAAAGGAUCCACACUGGCGAAAAACCUUUUUCCUGCUCAAUUUGCGAUAGACGAUUCAUCACAAAGAAACACUUAAAAAGUCACGAAAGAACUCACACUGGCGAUAAACCGUUUUCCUGCUCAGUUUGUGGUCAAAGAUUCUCUGUAACGCAAGUCUUACAAAAUCACGAAAGGACACACACUGGCGAAAAACCUUUUUCCUGCUCAGUUUGUGGUCAGGGAUUCAGUCGUAAGUGCUCCCUAAAAAUACACACAAGAAUCCACACUGGCGAAAAACCUUAUUCCUGCUCAAUUUGUGAUCAAAGAUUCACUCAAAAGGAACACUUGAAAAUCCACACAAGAACCCACACUGGCGAAAAACCUUUUUCCUGCUCAGUUUGUGAUCAAAGAUUUGCUCGGAGGCAACACUUAAACCAACACACAAGAACCCACAAUGGUGAAAACCCUUUUUCCUGCUCAUUCUGUGGUCAAGAAUUCGCUUGGAAGUAUCAGGUGAAGAGACACGUGUGUGUGUUGGUGUGAGAAGCAGUGGCCAAUGACUGUUUUGCCUGUCAUCCAUGCUGGCUUCAUCAGAUUCUGCACGCAAGGUGAUUGUACUCUGUAGAACUUCCUUUAAUCCUGUUGAGGAUUGGCACUUUUGGUGCUUUGCUUUGUCCAAUCGUUGUAUGAUGUGCAUCCACCUUAUUGUCGAAACCUCACCUGAUUGAACUUUAUCAAGAUAAGUAGCAUUAUUUAUAUAAUACUGGCCCUCUUUCAAAUGACACUUUUCACAUUUAAUAUUUGAAACAGCAGACCCCAAAUUCCAAAAAUUCAAAAUCAUUCAUAAAUAAUGUCAUUAUUUAUCUAUCGGGAUCUAAUGUGGCUGACUUUUUUUGCUGUACCUGAACGCACCGCGCGGUUCUAUUUUGUUUCUUGUUUUGAUGCUGGUGUCAGUGUUGCACAAGUUGAUGGAAUAAAAGAUUAGAAACCUGACGAAUCUGGCCAUUUCUUUGGCGAUGGUACCACAGUAGAAAUUGUCACCUUAACUUAUGAAGACUGGCGAGCAGGGAAGGACCGCCGGCCGAGAUCGACAUUCUUCGCCCCUAUUGUCGACCCAGUUCAUGGAUACACACACCAUGCUUAUAUUUUGCAAUCAUUUACAUCUUCAUUUCAAUGGUAACUGUCACCUUUUCUUUUUUUUCUCCACCUGCACUAACCUUUUUGGAUCUAGUGUUGAGUUCUCUCACAAGAAAAUCAGCCGUGCGUCCCUCUUCCGGCAACACCAAAAAACUGCGGCGCUGUCAAAAGUCGUCGUAUUUCGAGCAUCUCGUCAGAUAUAGAAACAAAUAGGGAGUCAAAUUUUACGUCAGAUGGCGAAAAGAUCGUGUGUCGAGGUACCACUGUAGUUACUAAAGUAAGGCUGUCAUUGGGAUACAUCAAUUUUCAAAAAGAUACACAUGCUAAUUUAUAAUAAUCCAAUGCUUUUAACUAUGAAAAGGAACACGGUACAACUUGCUCAUGUUUAUUACAUUUCGGACUUGCCACUAUGCGCAAUUAAAAUUAAAUAUGGAAUGCAAAAAAAAAAAAAAAAAAAAAAAGGAUAAGGAAUCAAUCCAUCUCCAAUUACAAUAAAGGGAGCUAACCCAAUUAACUCAGUAUCGAACAAUGAAUACACAGGUACAUGAGUUCAUUCUAUCUUGUAGACGGGAAAGGCCAUUUGAUCUUUUGACCCCAAACAAGUGGAGGGCUGAAGUGCUGUACUUGGAGAAUGACAUUGAGAGACCUCUUGGUUUUUGAAUUUCUCCAUGUUUUUUAAAUGAUUUUUUAAAUGUAUUGGCUAGCUUAAACUUCUAUAGAUCUGAGGCCAUUUGACCUUUUGACCCCAAACAAGUAAAGGUUUGAAGUACUGUACUUGGAAAACAAGGCUCACCACUUAGUUUUAAAAUGUACCCAUCGAUAUUUUUUUAAAUAUUUUUUUGAAUUUAUGGACUAUCUAGACUAAACUUCAAUAGCUCUCAGGUCCUUUGACCUUUUGACGCCAAACAUGUGCAGGGUCAUAGUACUGUCCUUGUAGGUUAGGUACACCUCUUAGUUUUCCAAUUUAUCUCUACAUAUUUUUUAAAUGAUUUUUGAAUUUAUUGACGAACUUUAGACUUCAUUAGAGCGAAGGCUAUUUGACCUUUUGACCCCAAACCAGUGCAGGGUCAUAGUACUCUCAUUUUAGGUUGGGUCACACCUCUUAGUUUUCCAAUUUAUCGCUCUUUAAAUUUUUUAUGCUUUUGUAUUUUUUGUGACUAACUUUUCACUUUAAUAACUAAUUGGUCUUGUGACUUUUUUACUCAUAAUCAGCGCAGGUUCAUAGUACUCUCCUUGCAGUUUGUGGAACAAUUCUUAAUUUUAUCAUUCAGAUAGCAUAUAAAUAUUAGCGCAAAUUCAAUACAAUCUGUCAAUAUCCUUUUAUACACACGGCACAUUUAUACGAAAUGCUUGCCUAAUUUCACAAUAGUGUUUUCAUUAAUCAGGCAGCCAUCAUUCAUUUUUUUAUCAAGGAAAACAAGUAAAAUAAUGUCUCCAGCGGAAUUCGAACCCGUAUUUCCCGGGGAGAAACAAGCUCGUAGACCACAGGACUACAUUUCCGCGUGACGUCAUCGUCAUGAUCUGUCUUGCAUAAUACUGAAAAGGGAUACGCAAUUGAAAAGAACCAGAGACACUUAUACAUUUUUUUUUUUACUUCUGUCCUGUGACAACUGCAUUUUGGAGAGAUUUUGUGCAUUUUUUUUUUUUGGGUGAAAAAACUGAGCAUGCUAUUGUCAUUGAACCAAGUGUGAUAAUUGUUGGAUUUAGAGCUGAUGUUAAAACUUUAUCCUUUGUACCAAAUCUGAUGUUGCUUUUUGGUAAAUUUUACUUGCACAAGGUGAGAAUUUCAAGGUCUGUGCCAUAUUUUCAACUAUUUCUUUUGGAAUUUAAUUCUUAUAUAGACGCUUGUGCGUUACGCUUAAGCAUAUGAAGAACAAGAAGAGUAUUUGUACAAUAUCUCAGGGAUCUGUCAUUGAUUGACUCUUAUUUGUUGUAUUUUUUGUGUUCCUGUUUUUGUACAUAGGACAAUUGAAGUGCCUUAUUUUUUGAAAGAAUUCUGCCUGACUCACGAGUAGUACAGUAUGGACAAAGUGCCUCAUUUAUUAUUUUUUUCUUUCAUUUAUGUUUUUGUGUUUCUUUGUAUUGUACAGUUUUGUAUCUGUUUUGCUGUAGUAUGUGUGUAAUUGUAUGGAUAUAUAUAUAUAUAUAUUUUUAAAAAAGCUAAAAAAAAAUUUUUUUUAAUUGAAAAGACCGCAUGGCUCACUUCACCGCAGUAAUGAACCUUACAGGAAAAAUGAUCACGCUAGAAUCACAGUUGAUUUUUUUUAAUCAUGUCAAAAUAUAGAGUUGAGUUGUAUGAGAGAAAUAGAUCAAAGAAAACGAGAUGAAGAUAAGACUGGCCAAUUUUCCUCUCUGGUCUUUGUUUUUCCUCUAUUUCACUAAACUUAAUCGAAGUCUCGACGACGUGUCCAGCAUUAUGGUCUAACAAACCUUUGCCAAUCUUCUAGUCGUCUGGGCACUCGUUGAAGUUUUGUUGCCUACUUUAGCCUAGCUGACCGAACUAAUGAAAGAGGUGCAAGGCAUCUCCAUCGACUCGUUGUCCAGCAUUCAGAAAUCAAGUGGGGAAAAUGACCGAGCGAACGACAAAGUUCCAGGAGCAUCUUUUGGGGGUGGGUGAUGUCGUUUUGCGUGUUCGGUUAUGGAGGAACUAGGGACGAGAACCACUCUGAAGCAGCGUUGUUAAUAACGGCGUUAGAAUAUAACGGCGUUAGUUUCUUCAGUAGUGAGUAAUCUAAUUAAUUACUUUUCUCAUCUUGGCAACGCCGUUACCGUUACUGAGGCGGGAAAGGUGUGCGUUGCUAGGUUGGUUGACUGACGUGAGAAAAGUCUGAGAAAGAUGGACUCAUGGAGACGAGAGAGCAGAGCAGGAGUGGGGAGGAGGCAAGGGAGGGUGACGCAGUUGCAAACACGAUGCUACUAUGCUAGGUGGCUCCAAUAAUACCGAGAAAUAAUACCUGACUGUAGCUGAUAGCCUACAAACUACGCCCAUAUGAUGCUUCGGUAGAUAUCACAUAUAUAGAGAACUAGAUGCAUAUGACAGACACGGCUGCAUUAGCAACAUGUAUAAUAAAGAACUACAUGCAUUAGUAAACAGCCGCCAUCUUAAAGCAGUAGCCUUCUCGGGAAGGCGCUGUUGUAGAGAACCUUCCUAGCGAACCAAAGUAACUUUUUAUCUAAAAUGCUCCUAAAUCGGCAAAAUCUUGACUUAAAUCUAUCUUAAAAUGAUGAAAUAGUUUUAAAACUUACUCGUCAAAAGUAGACUGAAGGGAACUAAUGCAAUAACGGGAGCAAUUUUAACAACUUUAACGGUUGAUUCACAACAUUAAAUGAUUUCCACACAUAGCAAAGGUUACUAUCUAGUUAUCGCAAUAUCUGCAAAGUCUGUCUAGUUAAGUUUAGGGUAAAGAACUGGGCUAGGGCCAAUUGUCCCAAAAACCCUUUAAACUUCACAU